AUGUCAUUUAAAUAUCAACCGAUUGGACAUAAUGUAAAUCGUCGCUUUCUGACAAAGAUUAUUGCGGCAAUUGUAAUCGUAAUCGGUGUUUUGGCUCUUGUAACUAUAUCGAUAUGGUCGAACCCAAAGACUCCUGAAAAUUCGCACCUUAUUAUAGCAAAACAUGGCGCUGUAGCCUCUGAAUUAAUGGAUUGUUCUAAUAUCGGAAUAGAUGUUUUGAAAGAAGGUGGAUCAGCUGUCGAUGCAGCAAUCGCAGCUGAACUUUGUGUUGGAACCAUUAAUGCAUUUUCUGCUGGUAUUGGAGGUGGCGGAUUAAUGGUAAUUCGUUUACCAAAUGGAACAUCAGAAAUUAUUGAUAGUCGAGAAACAGCGCCACAGGUAGCGAAUAAAAGGAUGUUCAUUAAGGAUCCUAUUUCUGCUGCUAUUGGCGGUCUUUCAGUUGGUGUUCCUGGAGAAAUUCAUGGAAUGAAACUUGCGCAUGAACGGUAUGGAAAAUUAUCAUGGAACCGUUUGUUUGAACCAUCGAUAAAACUGAGUAGAGAUGGAUUUCCUGUUGGUCCGGAACUUGGGAUGAAAUUAAAGGUAUAUAAAGAUCUAUUGGAAAAAGACCCUGCUUUGUCAACAAUCUACGCCCCCUCGGGUAAAAUCUUGGAGGAAGGUGAAAUAGGAUCCAUAGCAAAAUCAUUGAUCGAAGAAAUAAAUAGACGAGAUGGUAUUAUGACAUAUGAAGAUUUUAAAAAUUAUAAAUCUAUUAUACGUGAACCUAUAAUUGGCUAUCAUCAUGGAAGAAAGAUCAUUACAACUCCAGAACCAACAAGUGGACCAGCUUUGAUAUUUAUGCUAAAUUUGUUGGAAGAGUACAGGAUGUCUAAAUUAGAUGGAGUAAACCUUCAUAGGAUUGUAGAAACAAUGAAAUAUGGAUUUGCAAGGCGCACUGAAAUGGGAGAUCCGGAUUAUUUCCGUGAUCAAGCUGCACAUAAAGCUCGAAUACGAGAAAUAAUUUCAAAACAAUAUGCGGCAUUGGUUCGAGCUAAUGUUUCUGAUAGUGAAACGUUUCCUCCCCUCAAUUAUAACCCUCUAUUUGAUCAAAUGAAUGAUCAUGGAACUACUCAUGUGUCGGUUUUAGAUAUUAAUGAUAUGGCCGUUUCGUUCACUUCUACUGUGAACUUAUUUUGGGGGUCAAAAGUUUUGGAUCCUGUAACUGGAAUUUUGUUAAAUGACGAAAUGGAUGAUUUUUCUAUUCCAGGACAGCCAAAUAGCUUCGGACUUUGGCCUUCUCCUUACAAUUUUGUUGCGCCUGGAAAAAGACCAUUGUCUUCAACAGUUCCAACAAUUGUUGAAAAUGAAGAUGGGGAAGUUGAAUUAGUGGCUGGUGGUAGCGGUGGAGCUAAAAUUCUUUCUGCCGUUCUUCAGAUAUUGGUAAACAUAUAUGACUUAAACAUGGACUUGUUGGAUGCUAUCAAUUCUCCUAGAAUUCAUCACCAGUUGUUACCCGAUAGAUUGUUAAUGGAACAAGGAUUCAACUACGAAUUAGUCGAUAAAUUAUUGAACAUUGGACAUAUUAUCCUAUUACAUAAUAUAGAAGAUAGAGAAUACUCAUGUCAAGUACAUGCUGUUAGAAAACUAAAGGAUGGAACUAUUCAUGCUGUGGGCGAUUUUAGAAAGAAUGGAAUGGCUGCUGGGUAUUAA